AGUAGCAUAACGUCUGUAUGACUGCUAUGGACUGCGCGUCUGCUCUUUCAUAGAUGUCCUUAUUUUUUUUACAAACAAAUUGUAUUUUACGAGGAGUGACUGUGAGUGAAUGUUUGACCAUGAAUUUUCAAUGCUCCCCCAGAUGUAGACAGUGAGAUGGAAUAUGAUGAGAGACUUGCCCGUUUCCGCCAAGGUCUCGUCAACCCCUUCGACAGAGGAGAGGAUGAGGCCUCAACAGAGUGCAAUGGCCCCUCAAAGACUGAGGUGAGGCCCGAGCUGUUCUCCUCGGAGACAAGAACCCACAGCUCGGACCGGGCCAUGGAUCUGGGGCUGGCUGAGGAUCACUUCUCCUGCCCAGUGGGUUCCGUUGUGGCAUCGGACAUUGAACAGCUGAAGCAAGCCAUUGAGGAGUGCAAGAAGCUGAUCUUGGAACUGCCGGAGCAUUCCGAGAAGCAGAAAGACACUGUGGUGAAGCUCAUUCACCUCCGCCUGAAACUACAGGAGCUCAAGGAUCCAGAGGAGGAGGAGCCCAAUCUCCGCAUGCUCCUGGAGCAUCGUUUCUCCAAGGAGAAGAGCAAGAGCGUGAAGCAGACCUGUGACAAGUGCAGCGCUAUCAUCUGGGGCCUCAUUCAGACCUGGUAUACCUGCACGGGGUGUUACUACCGGUGCCACAGCAAGUGCAUGAACCUGAUCACCAAGCCUUGCGUGAGGUCAAAGGUCAGCCACCAGUCGGAGUAUGAGCUGAACAUCUGCCCGGAGAUCGGCCUUGACAAGCAGGACUACAGAUGUGCGGAGUGCCGAACACCCGUCUCCCUGCGGGGGGUCCCGUCUGAGGCACGCCAGUGCGACUACACCGGUCAGUACUACUGCAGCAACUGCCACUGGAACGACACAGCCAUCAUCCCCGCACGCGUCAUCCACAACUGGGAAUUUGAUCCGCACAAGGUAUGUCGCUCGUCCAUGCGGUACCUGGCUCUGAUGAUAUCCCGGCCUGUUCUGAAGCUGAAGGAGGUCAACCCGCUGCUCUUCAACUUCGUGGAGGAGCUGGUGGAGAUCAGGAAGUUGCGUCAAGACAUUCUGCUGAUGAAGCCCUAUUUCCUUACCUGUAAGGAGGCAAUGGAAGCCAGGCUACUACUACAGCUCCACGACCGUCAGCACUUUGUGGAGAACGAUGACAUGUACUCGCUGCAGGACCUCAUCGACAUCUCCACCGGUCGCCUCAGCUGUUCGCUUGCUGAGAUCCACACCACCUUCGCCAAGCACAUCAAACUGGACUGCGAGCGAUGCCAAGCCAAAGGGUUUGUGUGCGAACUGUGCAAAGAGGGAGACAUUCUCUUCCCUUUUGACAGCCACACAUCUGUAUGCCAAGACUGCUCUGCUGUCUUCCACAGGGAUUGUUACUAUGACAACUCGACAACAUGUCCGCGAUGUGCUAGAAUGACCGAGCGCAAGCAAGAACCUUUUGAUGACUAAUUCCCUGUAACUGUGUUGACCCAUGCAUCUGCUUGACUUGUACAGUACAUGUUCUUAACUUGCACUACAUUGAAGUACUGUUUUCUGUGUCUGGCCAUACUUAUUUACAUGCAAUGUUAUUGGUAACGGUUAUGUUAUGUUUGUUAUGUUAUGUUAUGUUUGUUAUGAUUGUUUGUUUUCUUACUGAGUCUAGAAAUGAGUUUAUUGUGUAAUUUAGGGGUAUGUUAUUGUCCAUAUCUCUUUGAAUUCAUUAUUUACUUGGCCAGUACAACAAGUCUGACACAACUAGAGCAACAGAAGCACAGACAAACAUAUACACUAGAUUCAAACGGUUUUAGUCAUGGCAUUUAAUCCUAACAAUUAAAAUGUUUUUAAAUUGAAAAUGAUGCUUUACUACCUGUGAGAACUGCCACUGACUGCCAUGCCUCAUGGAAACAGGUCAUAUAAGUGUGAGGGUCUACUAUUCUUAGAGUUAUGUGGUAGUCUUGUACCCUGUCAAUAACCCUUUGUUGUGGUGAUGACAAGAACGUCAUGCCUGUACGAGGAGCCUUAACAAACAGUAUACAGACCUAUGUGAUAACUGUGUCACAAAAUGGAAGUGAAAACAAAGCACUAAAAUAUAUCUAUUACUGUUGGCCUUUUUUACUGUAUGAUCAAUUUACAUGUAUUUGAGGGAGAUGGUGGCUCGUCUGUUAAAAAAGAUUUAAAGACAUGUCCUUUACCUAAGUGUGUAUUUGUUCCCAGGUAUUAGACAUUAUGAGUAUUGUGUUUUGAUAGACCUGAAUAUUUGUAAGGUUUUAUAACUUCUGGACUAAAUGAUAUUCAUAAGAAUUAUAAAACCUUAUCAGAAUAUCGUUGCCUAAUGUUCCUUUGUUGGCUGUCUGUAAACAAGAUGUACUCUUAUUUGUUUUAAAAUAAUGAAUAUAUUUUGCUGUGUUAUAUUUCAGCAUGACAGAAAAUGUGAAGUCAAGGUAUUGUCCUAUUAUGUAAUCUGCAGAAUACUGUCCUGACUUGACAUAUCUCAUUGGUUUGAGAUGUUGAUGUAUUCUAUCAGCACAAAAUCUUGCAUGAAUAAAUAUAACUGCAAUUAA